AUGUGCGAGGUCACAGCCCUGCUUCACUUCGCUGGUCACUGCGAAGGUCUCGGAAACCGUCCCGUUGUCGUGGAGCCGACGUACCAUGUGUAUAAAGUGCUCAGGACAGCGGAAUUUCUGUAUGGCUUUCCGCAGUCCUUCGCAAUCCACCGUGUAGAAUGCUUUCUUCAGGUCCACGAAAGUAGCGUAGAGGUGGGUGCACGUCUCCUAGCACUUCUCCUGCAGCUGUCUCGCGGCGAAGAUCAUGUCGGUGGUGCCGCGAUGGCGAUGAAAACCACACUGGUUUUCUAG